AUUCACUGGUGGAGACAGUAGUAAGGCAAACCCAUACUAUAUGUAAGGAGCAUGGCCAGAACACAUCAUCACGUGUACCUCUUCUAACUCUCCAUCUAACCUUCAAUAUAUCAAAGACCUCUCCCUUCUCCCAACUACCAACCUCAUUAACAAAAUAUGCAUUUCCUCCGAGAAAGUCUACCUCUACAGCUCUACUCUCUGAGAAACCCAAGAGAAGAAACUGAGGAAAAGGCUGUGUUACUGUUAAUAUCAGUGUGUGAAGAAUGAUGACUAUGGAGCUGCAGAGAAGGUUGGCAAUGGGGUUUCAGAUAUCCAAACCCUACCUUUUCCUCACUCUAAAUGAACUGGCUCUUUCAGUAUUCUUGGUCUUGGUAGAAUCUCUGGCUUCCAGUGGCAUCAGCACUCUGGUUAUUGUGGUUUAUGAGCAUGUCCUUGCCACCAUUGUCUUGUCACUUCUAUCUUUCUUCUUUGAAAAGAACAAGAGGCCUCCUAUCACUUUCAGGAUACUAUGCUAUGCAUUCCUUAUGGGACUUUUGCAGGUUACCCUGUGUCAAAUGCUAAUGACAAUGGGCCUACAGUACAUUUCUUCAACAUAUGAAAGCAUUGCACUGAACAUGGUCCCAACCAUAACAUUUGUGUUGGCACUGAUUUUCCAUCAAGAAAAGCUAAGAUUCAGGAGCAUCAAUGGGCAGGCCAAGAUAUGGGGUUUGGGUAUUUCACUUGGUGGAGCAUUGGCUUUGGUAUUGUGGAAGGGGCCUGUUGUAGUGAAAGCUAUGCUAUCUAUAAGCUUUGACACAACAAGUGAUAGUGUCCUUGGUUGGAUUAUGACCAUUGUUGGUGUUCUUGCAACUAGUUUUUGGAAUAUUUUGGUGAGGCAUGUGAUUCAAAUAUACCCAGCAGAAAUGUCACUAACAGCAAUGAUGAGCUUCUUUGGAACCAUCCAAACAGCCAUAGUGGCAGCCUUUGUGGUCUCAUCCUCAGCUUGGGAACUUCAGUGGGAUGGAGGCCUAGUCCUCAUCACCUUGUUACUUGGGGGAAUUGUAGUGACAGGGUUAUCAUACUAUGUGAUGACAUGGUCUAUUGGCAUCAAGGGUCCUGUGUUUUCAGCCUCAUUUAACCCACUUCUUGUGCUCUUCUCUUUCCUUUUGAACACCUUUGUUCUGGGUAGUUCAGCCCAUUUGGGCAGUAUUGUGGGAGCAGUGCUGGUGAUUGUGGGUCUUUACCUACUUUUGUGGGCAAAAGCUAAUGAUGUGGAGAAGAAAGACAUGGAUGUUGGAGAUUCUACUUGCUCUCCCUUGAUUCAACCUUGAUAGGGGUUUAUGAUUCUACUCAUUUUUUCCUUUGAUUUUUAUGAAAGACAAUUAUGAUAUUUGUAGGAUUGUUGGGAAGAGAAAAUAAGAAAGGAAAAAAUAAAAAAAACUACUUCAAUCAAA